ACUCCUGGCAAGCCAGGGAGGGGCUUUGGGGAUAAACUACCUUUCCAGUCAUUCAGUAAACGCACUCGAUACAUACAUAGGAACCCAAUGCAGAGAAGCAAACUUUUGGACUGUCCACUAAAUGCAUCAUCUAGGUCCUUGGAACACCGCCGUGUAGAGGUUUACAAAGAUGAGUUCUUCAAAUGGUACCUGGGCCAAGCUGAAAGACCUUGCCCAGGUGGAAAUGUACAGGAACCCCACAGAGGUGAAGAAGAGCCAGAUUGUGAUGCCCUGUCACGCCAACCACUGCCAAGAGCUGAGUGUGGGACAGCUACUCAAGUGGAUGGACUCUACAGCCUGUCUGUCAGCUGAGAGACAUGCAGGAUGCCCCUGUGUCACUGCCUCAGUCGAUGAUAUCAACUUUGAGCGCACCAUCGGGGUUGGACAAGUGGUCAAUAUUAAAGCCAAAGUGAAUCGAGCGUUUAACUCCAGUAUGGAGGUUGGUAUUGAGGUGACCUGUGAGGAUCUUUUCAGUGGAGGCUGCUGGAAAGUGUGCUAUGCUUAUGCCACCUUUGUGGCCAGACCUCCAGGAGGUGGAAAGGUACACCUAAGGCAGUUGGUGCCACGGACUCAGACGGAGCAGGCAGAGCACAGCGUUGCCGCGGAGAGAAGACGGAUGAGGCUCAUCCACCACGACAUCAUGACGGACAUAUUAAACAAUGAGUCCUUCCAGAAGGGUAUCACAGAGGGGGCAGGGAGUCAGGACCUCCAGGAGGCUGUGCCCACAGAGCGGACUCGAGUGGAGAGUGUGGAGCUAGUACUGCCCCCUCAUGCCAACCAUCAGGUCAACACUUUCGGGGGUCAGAUUAUGGCCUGGAUGGAGAAUGUGGCUACAAUUGCUGCGAGUCGUUUAUGUAAUGCUCAUCCCACACUGAAGGCUAUUGACAUGUUCCACUUCAGAGGGCCGUCUAGUGUUGGCGACCGUCUGGUGCUGAAAGCGAUCGUCAACAACACAUUCAAGCACAGUGUGGAGGUGGGAGUGUGUGCAGAGGCCUAUAAGGGGGAGGAACCACUUCGGCACAUCAACAGUGCCUUCAUGACAUAUGAGGUGCUCGAUGAAGCGGGGAGGCUGCAAACUCUGCCCCCGAUAAGACCUGAGCCAAUGGAGGGACAGAGGAGGUACCAGGAGGCCAUUGCAAGGAAGAAGAUCCGACUUGACCGGAAGUACAUUAUCUCCUGUAAUCAAACAGAGAUGCCGCUGUCUGUCCCCUGGGAUGCCAGUAACCAGGUGUACCUCAGUUACAACAAUGUCUUUGCCCUGAAGAUGCUGGCUGCAAGAGACAACUGGGUCCUAAAUCAUGAGAAAAAUCAGGUCAGCCUAUACACACUGGAGGAGGACCAGUCCCUGUGCUUCAGAGUGGAGGCAGAGGUGGAGGUGCCUGCAGCCACGGCCUUCCAGCUGCUCUCUGAGCUCCGCCACAGGCAGGAGUGGGACCAGCACUACAACUCGUGUGAGUUAAUAACUCAGGUCAAUGAAGAUGACAGGCUCUACCGCGUGGUGACACCCUCAGUCAGCGAGGUCGGUAAAAUCCAAGACUUCAUCCUUCUGGGAUCCAGGAGGCCGCCAUGCGAUCAAGGGGACCCGUACGUGGUGGCACUCCGCUCCAUCACUCUCCCCACUCACCCGCCUACGGAGGACGUGAACCGGGGUGAGGUGCUGUGUGCCGGCUUCACCAUAUACGCGGUCUCUAGCAGCGUGGCCAAGAUCUCCUACUAUAACCAGGCCAGUGCGGAGGUGCUGCCCUACAUCUCCACGGACAUCGCAGGUCUCUCUACCAGCUUCUACUCCAACUUCUGUGCCUGCAGCCGGUUCCUGCUAGAGCACAAGGCAGAGGCGCCCAUUCUGACCUCUACGCCCUUGUGAAUACGCGUGGCUCUGCGCCCAUUCUGGCCUCUACGCCCUUGUGAAUACGCGUGGCUCUGCCACCCGUACGUACUGUAUGUUCACGGCUAUCCAAACUUUUCUUAUCUGUAGUAUCCCGUUGGUGGAACACACUACCAGUUGCUACCAGAGCAAGGAUACCCCUCUCUAUCUUCAAAAAAACCUCCUGAAGAUCCAACUCCUCUGAGAGUACUUCCUCUCCUAGCACCACUAACAACUGGACAUGCAUUUAGCACCACUAACAACUGGACAUGCAUUUAAUCGCGACCCAUAUAUAUUUUUUUUUGCGCUCAAGCCAACGGAUACAGUAAGUUACAUGGUAAGACAUGCAAAGUGCCUGUAGGAAUUGUUUGGACCAUGCUGGUGCUUGCCAUUACAUUUGUCAGGUCUUCAACUCUUGAUGUCACCUUUCAAAGUACUCGACAGGUUUGUCUUUGACAGGGGUGCUUACUGCUUAGUUUCCAUGUGGCAUUUUGUUUUUGAUGGUUUCAUGGUCUCAUUUGCCAGCAAUUCACUGCACGCCACACACUGAGGUUUCUAUCCUAUUUUGUCCUCAAUUUAAGUCAAUCCAUAUCCUACUUCAAAUAUUCAGGGUUGUAGCCUAUUUGCGUAUAUCUCUAAACUGAUGUCUAACAUGACCUGUCACAUUAUCAUUGUCUAUGUCCAUGGCAAUGGCUGACAUACGAAUUCUAUCAAAAUAAAGGUCCGAUAUUAGAUCUGAUAAAGCAGCACUUAAAAAUGGCGUUUACAAACGGAAGUUUGGGAGGAGCGUGACGGAAUUUGCCACGCCUCCUUCUUCAAUCAGUCAGGUUAUUUAUUCGCAGUCUACCUGUCGAAGUUACAGCAUCGGUGUUACUCCGCUCGCAACCCACCACCUCCCCUUACGCCUCCCGUCUUCCAUACUUAAAGAAUAAGGGGGUGUAUGGCAGAAUUCUGCCCGACUCCUACCUGCGCAGUCGACUCUGGCACGAUUCCGCGAAGCCCAUCAGGACCAUGGCCAGAGACCUCGCCAAACAUGCUCUUCUAUUAUGCUUUUAUGUAUUAUGCUUUUAUGUCUUUAUGCAAAUUCAGGAACGGAAACUAGUGAAUUAUACUUUUGCAGUCUGUGAAUAUGGAGAUCCUGCACUUAAUCAGUUAGUAGUUCAGUUUGAAUGAUACCAGGAUAGGCCUAUAUGUCAAGGAAAGAUGCUGGGGCUCUUUCAGGGAUUUCCAGGAUAUUAGGUUCUGAGUUGGCCUGUAGUGUAGACUAACAUCUACACUUAGUAUGAACAGUGUUGCCAUAGUUACCUUGAAA